AGUGAUGAAAGGGUUACAUGUAAAUGAUCUGGCCGAGCCUCUUUUUGGUGUCCACGGGACCAGCCCACAAAGUUCUGGACCAAUGUCAGUAGAGUUGACUUUGCGGUGAGCUAACUUGCUCUAACAGUCACAUUGCCGCACAGUCUGCAUCGUCUCCUCUCUUUUUUAGCGCAGAGACGCGAGGUUUACGGUAUUUCCGCUCGCACUAGCGUCUCAUCCUCCCGUGUGUAGCUCCAAAACAUGGCGGCCCUCAAAGCGCUUUGCAGAGCUGAGAGUUUAUUCCUCCUAAACACCACUGGUCCCCGCAGAAUCUCAUUACACUUCUACAACCAUCCGCUGAGCAAGGCCAGUGGCUGCUACUUUUCAACUUCGUCCCAAAGAAAAUCAAAGUUUUACACAAAUCCCACUGAUGCAGUGAAAGACAUCCCCGAUGGAGCAACCCUUCUCGUGGGCGGUUUUGGGUUGUGUGGCAUUCCAGAGAACCUCAUCAACAGUUUACUGAAGACAGGAGUCAAACGUUUAACUGCUGUCAGUAAUAAUGCAGGAGUCGAUAACUUCGGCCUGGGCCUGCUCCUUCAGACCAAACAGAUCAAACGCAUGAUUUCCUCGUACGUUGGAGAGAAUGCAGAGUUUGAGAGGCAGUACUUGUCUGGAGAACUUGAAGUGGAGCUCACACCUCAGGGCACUUUAGCUGAGCGGAUCCGAGCUGGAGGAGCAGGGGUCCCAGCCUUUUUCACUGCCACGGGCUAUGGCACUCUCAUCCAACAGGGAGGCUCCCCCAUCAAGUACAGCAAAGAUGGAAGCAUUGAAAUCGCCAGUGAACCGAGAGAGGUCAGAGAGUUCAGUGGCAGACAUUACAUCAUGGAGAAGGCCAUCACUGGAGACUUCGCCCUGGUCAAAGCCUGGAAGGCAGACAAGGCCGGAAAUAUAAUUUUUAGGAAAACGGCUCGAAACUUCAAUCAGCCCAUGUGCAAAGCUGCAAAGAUCACGAUUGUAGAGGUGGAGGAGGUGGUGGACGUGGGGGCUUUUGCUGCAGAAGACAUCCACAUCCCCAGUAUCUAUGUGCACAGAGUCGUCCAGGGAGGCAGCUACGAGAAGAGGAUCGAGAAACGCACAGUGAAGAAAAGCCAGGCAGAAAAACCCAAACCAAAGAAGGAAUCCGAUAUCAUUAGAGAGAGAAUCAUUCGGCGAGCUGCUCUGGAGUUUGAAGAUGGCAUGUAUGCUAAUCUUGGUAUAGGAAUUCCAAUGCUGGCCAGUAAUUUCAUCAAACCCGACAUCACUGUUCAUCUCCAAAGUGAGAAUGGGAUUUUGGGACUGGGCCCAUACCCCACAGACGAAGAGGUGGAUGCAGACCUGAUCAAUGCAGGGAAGGAGACGGUGACUGUGCUCCCCGGUGCUGCCUACUUCUCGAGUGAUGAGUCCUUCGCCAUGAUCCGAGGGGGUCACGUCAACUUGACAAUGCUGGGAGCUAUGCAGGUUUCAAAAUUCGGAGACCUUGCCAACUGGAUGAUCCCGGGUAAGAUGGUGAAGGGGAUGGGCGGUGCCAUGGAUCUGGUGGCCAGCGCUGGGACAAAGGUAGUGGUCACCAUGGAGCACUCAGCCAAGGGAGGAAAACACAAAAUAUUGGACACAUGCAGUUUGCCUUUAACAGGAAAGCAAUGUGUGGAUCGCAUCAUCACUGAAAAGGCUGUGUUUGAUGUGGACCAGACUAAAGGCCUCACUCUGAUCGAGAUCUGGGAGGGGCUGACUCCAGACGACAUCAAGGCGUGCACCGGAGCCCCGUUUGAGGUGUCUCCGAACCUGAAGCCAAUGCAGCAAAUCUAGAUUGUGUGAAAUCUUUAAUGUUAUUAUUUCAUUUUAUUUACAUUUUAUUUUCAUGGUGGGUUUAGUAGAAGCCAGGAGCCGGACACAUAAGCUGAUAGGACAAUGUCUCAUUUCAAUAAGUUUUGGGAUGGAACAUGUAUGAUUUCAAUAGAAAGAUUAGUAUGAGAUUGUUAAGUGGAUAGUUCAGUAUUUUAAAGUUAUGGUGAUGAUCAACAGCCAAUGCAAUGUUAACAGUAAGUAACCGAAAGACUAUUGUAUUUUUUAUGCUAAUAGUGACUUAGCAGUAGGGCUGUGCAUUUAAUCACAUUGGAGUUAAGAUGCAGUUAUUUCUAGUGGUCAGUGAUCAGCUUGGGUGUUUUAAUGGACAGGUCAACAGUCAGUCCUCUGUCAGUAAGAGCAUGUGGUUUGAAGCAGACGUCAGACUUUGAAAGAAAUAUUGCAAUUUUUUGUGUUAAUUGUGUCUUUUCUUUAGUUUUUUUAAAAGACAUUUUAUAAUUUUCUCAUUAAUAAGACAAAAUCAAACUGAAUUGAAACUUGUGAUGAUCAAAUAAUAAUUUCAUAUUACCCAGCCCCCCUUAAAAUUCAUUUCAGAAUGUAACAAAAAUCUAUUUGAAGCAUAGACUGUAUAAAGAAGUGAGAGUGACGUCACCCACAAAACGUUUGGCUCCAGUCAAAUGAAACUCAUCGAGGCUCGAGCAGUUAUAGGGGACAAUUCAGAGCCGAGUUCCAUGUUUGGAAUUCUGACUGAGUAUCGGAGCAACCAAAGAAUCAAUCUGGAGUGAGAAGGUAACGGCCCUUUCCACUCGCACCGAUUGUUUAGCUCUUAGCAACGGUGUCAAUCAAACCUGUUGCUAAUGCUAGUGGGAGCGAUCUCGGGGAAAAAAGCGCCAGAUUUUUCUGUCAUUAAUGUUCACAUCUUGAGUUACAGCUAAAAUACCAAAAUAAAAACACCAGGAUUAUGUAGAGCGGGUUAAUCUGAACAUUUUAACCCUAUUGUGGCGGAUGCUAUCGUCGCCAAUAGAGCGCGAUUACGGACUUUCCAUUACAAUAACUCCACAACCAAUUGUGCUUCAUGUAAAUUCAAACAGUAACUCAAAGCAGAGGCAUGAGGCUCUUUAAAUAUGUUACUGUCAUUACGGUAAUUUGCUUAUGUUGUCCCUCGAAGAUGACCAAUCAGAGCGCAGGUGCCGCCGGGAUUUUCACAGUCAGUUAUUUUAAGUGUCAAAGGAAAAAUACAGAUGGAGAUGUAAAAUAGAGUUAGUUGUGUGAAAAAAUGCAGUACAUUCUGAUACUUCCUUUAACAUGACUUUUUAUGGCUAAAAAAGAAAAGCCUAGGCGAACUAUAAUGCUCUAUACUGUGCUCAGUCCUUAAAGGGUUAAAACCAAAAUGACGACCCUGACUUCAGCAGUUACAGAGAGAGGAGCGACAGUUUUUCAAUAGAAAGUGAAUUGGAGCCAGAGUCAAUGGAAUAAGAAGCGCUCCCAUGCUCAUUUCCUGUUUGGAAUACGGCGGCUAGCAGGUUAGCUGUGUCCAUUUAUAUUUACAGUCUAUGCUUAAAAUACUAAUUCAUCUAUAACUUUUACCUGCCGGUGUUAAAACAUUCAAAUAUCUAACUGGAAUGAAACUCUAAAUCAAAUUAAAAACACAAGUGUGCAUUAGCAGACAAACUUAUGAAUGAGCAGAAGGUCAAAUGGUUUCAAAAGUUUAAUUUAGUACAUUUAGUGUACAUAAGUUUAUCUGUUCAGGAUCAUGUUUGUAGACUUUGUGUGUGGACUGGCAUCAUUCUGCAUAUAUGGAGAUAAGACUGUUCUGUACUUGCCUUAAUUUUAUGAUCAAACUUGUCCACUACAUUUUAUAUUAACGCCAAUACAAACAUAUGCAGUUUUCACUAAAUAGUAUUGUGUUUUUUGUUUUGGUCAAUUCAAAAUGAUUGUUCAAUAAAUUAACUUUAAACAGUUU